AUGGCUACUCUUCGAGAACUACGGUGGGAGAUCGAGAAGCAGCUUCACCUGCUGGUCUGCUCUUCUAACUGCAAAGCACUCUACAAGGUAGCCCUGUGUUGCGCGGAGGAGGGAGAAAAGGGGGUCCCAGACGGGGAUGCAACAGAAGUGGAACUCUACGACGUCAUCGUUGAUUUCAUGCGAGGAGAACAACUGCAGCGUCUAGAGGACCAAGGAAUGGCCCGUUUGCUGACCCUUCAUGACCUCGUUCGUGAGUUGACUGCUACAGAACAAGAUUCGGCUUCGGAUGUCGCAGAAAAUGAAGAGACUGUGGGACUGGUAUCGCGACCUGCAUCGACAUCAGCGGCUGCAAGGGUGCAGGUAGCACAAACUCCAGGUCUGACAUCACAUUCAAGAGCUGAACAAACUAUUCCACUGCCUAGAGUGUCUGAACAAAUGACUGGUCUGAUCAGAUUCUCUGAUGUUGCAUCAUAUCUGCCACGUAGAGAGUUCAAAAUUUACGGUGGGCAAAUUUCUGAUUCAAAUUCAGACUUGAGUUUCAACAGUAUUUGUAAGCAAAUUGAUGAAGGUAUAGCAGAAAAUUUCUCAGAGUCAGAAGUUAUUCGAACAGUGUUAAAGGUUAUCAAACCUGGUACCUUCAAAGAGAUGCUUAUUACAAAAGACAGCCUUACCGUAGCUGAGUUGAAACGGUUCCUUAGAGCUCACCUUAGGGACAAAAAACAAACAGGAUCUGAGUUUCAGUAUGACCGCAAACUGGUCCAAGGUGUUUUUCUACACUCACUGUAUCAGGGUCUAAAUGAAAAAUACAUAUUUGUCCGGAGGGACAUUAAAGCAGCAAUAGGUACACAGGAAACCUCAGAUGAUCAGAUCCUAGAACUGAUUACACAGUCUGUUAGUGAGGAAACUGAAAGACAAAAACGAAUGGGUCACACCUACAAAUCCAAAGUCACAAUUGCAAGUGUGACACAGCAGGAGGAUGUGGAGGGGGCACCGAGCUGUGGGCUGUCUCAUGAAAAGUCGGGGUUUAAAAGAGAGGAGGUCACUGGGGAGGGACCACCAGUGACCGGAGAAGAUCUCGUGUCCCAACCUUCUUUCCAUGCACCCAGAAGUGAGCAACCUGUAACACAGAACACAUCCAACAGAGCAAAGGAAAUUGGAGGAAAGCGUGUCGCACAGCUGAUUGGCAGUCGCUGCAUGAUAACUUGCCAUUUAAAUGGUGUCCAGACUCAAAUGCUUUUGGACAGUGGAGCUCAGAUCAGUAUGGCUGGACAGAUGUGGCUAAAGAAGAACCUACCAAACAUCGAAAUUCAACCACUAGAAUCUUUAUUAGCAGAUAGCCAGCUGCACGUCACUGCAGCAAAUGGGACAACUGUACCCUUUGAUGGGUGGGUUGAGGUUUUAUUAGAGAUCACAAGUGGCAAACAAAACAAAAUCGCCAUCCAAGUGGCCCUUUUGGUGAGUCAAAAAUGCAUGGACUGCCCGUUGCUUGGGUUCAAUGUAAUUGAGGAGAUCAUAAGGGAGAAUAAUGACUGUGCAAAUAACUUGAGCCUAAUUGAUCUUCUGUCUGAAGCUUUGCAGAUGCAAAAAGGUGCCACUGAAACCUUGGUGUCCACAGUGAACUCUAACCUCCUCCAAGAAUGUACUGCCAGCUGUAAAGUAAAGACUGGGAAGUCAGGAGCCACCAUCCCCUGUGGUCAGGUCCUAGAGGUAAAAUGCAGAGUAAGAACAGGGCACAAGGGUGGGACCAUGAUGUUCGAACCAGCGUCAGAAAGUUUCAUCCCCGAAGGGUUGGAGUUAUUUCCUGCUGUUGUAAAUGUGCCUCCUGGUGCCUCAAAGACAGUGAAGAUUCCAGUUCAAAAUUCCACAAAUCAUAACAUUUACCUACCUCAGAGACUUGUCUUAGGUAAUAUCGAACCCAUCAGCGAAAUUAGACCCGUUUGCUCUUCCUCCAGCAUUUCACAUUCAGAUCAACAGAUCAAUGGUGCGCUUUUGUGUGCAUCCCAGCUCACGUCAGCGGACGAUGUCUGUAAAAGGGAACAUCAUGAGAGAAGAGUUGGAGAAAAAUGGCACCCACCUGUUGAUCUUGAACACCUCAAUAAACAGGAACAAGAUAUUGUGAGAAAAAUGUUGUUUGAGGAGUCAGAUGUGUUUGCUCAGGAUGAGGGAGACAUCGGGUGUAUUCCUGAUCUGCAUUUGAAAAUCCGUUUAUCAGAUGAUACACCAGGCCAGAGGUGUUAUAAUUCCAUCCCAAAACCCCUUUAUAAGGAGGUGAAAGACUAUGUGCAGAAUCUGUUGAACAGAGGUUGGAUCAAGAAGUCAUCCUUAUCGUAUUCGUCACCAGUGGUAUGUGUUCGGAAAAAAGACAGUAGCUUGCGCUUGUGUGUCGAUUUUCGAGCUCUUAACCGCAAGACCAUCCCUGAUCGACAUCCCCUCCCCAGGAUUCAAGAUCUGUUAGACAGCCUUGGGGGAAAUUCAUGGUUUUCCAUUCUGGAUCAGGGAAGCGCAUACCAUCAGGGAUUUGUGAGUGAGGACUCUAGACAUGUCACUGCCUUUAACACUCCAUGGGGACUAUACGAGUGGGUGCGUAUUCCCUUUGGGUUAACAAACGCCCCAGCUGCAUUUCAACGAUGCAUGGAAGGAGUGUUGGAGGGUAUUAGAGAUUUGAUUGUCUAUUUAGAUGAUGUACUGUGUUACUCAAAAUCCUUCAGCGACCAUGUUGACCAUCUUCGAAAUGUUUUUAGUAAGAUGAGAGAGCAUGGAAUUAAGCUUCGACCAAAAAAAUGUGAGCUAUUUAGAAGUCAAGUGCGAUACAUUGGUCGCUUGGUGUCCGGAGAUGGAAUCCAAAUAGACCCAGCAGACUUGGAGGCGGUCAGGGCCCUGAAAAAUAAGGAACCUCGCACAGUGGGAGAAGUGCGGACGCUGCUGGGAUUCCUGAGUUAUUACAGGUCUUACAUCCAAGACUUCUCGAGAUUGGCCAAGCCACUCUUUGAGCUUCUCCUCACGCCACCUGGAACAAGAGAGAGUACGCAAAACCCCCAAGUUCCCAAUCGUCGAGGUGCACUAAGAAAGAAUGAAAAAGGGCAGCUUAACUCGAGAACCCCAAUCGUUUGGACUGCAAAACAUCAGGAGGCUGUUUCCAAACUUGUCGAUAUGUUGACAAGCCCGCCAGUGCUAGCUUACCCAAAUUGUGACCUGCCCUUUGUAUUACACACCGAUGCUUCGAAUGAAGGGUUAGGGGCUGUGCUUUAUCAGCAACAGGGCAAUAAACUCCGCGUCAUCGGGUAUGGGUCCCGCACAUUAACUCCGGCUGAAAAGAACUACCACCUACACUCGGGUAAACUGGAAUUUUUGGCACUCAAAUGGGCCAUCUGCGAUAAGUUUAGAGACUAUCUCUACUAUGCUCCAACAUUCACAGUUUACACCGAUAACAAUCCGCUGACCUAUAUCCUCAGCACAGCAAGGUUGAAUGCAGUAGGGCAGCGCUGGGUGGGUGAGUUAGCGGACUUUCACUUUGACAUCCGAUACCGACCUGGUAAAGCCAAUGUCGAUGCCGAUACACUGUCCAGACAACCCCUGAAACUGAUUGAGGUCAUGGGUGAACACACGAAAACCUAAUCACCU